CAGUACACUUAUUUGGUUUAACCUGGCAGCUACAGCCUGUUGAAGGGCAGCUCUAUGAAAAUGGAGUUAGCAAAGGAAAUAAAGGAACAGAAUCCAUGGAUACUACUUACUCACCAAUCGGAGGAAAAGUUUCUGAUAAAAUGGAAAAAAAAGUGUUUCAGAAGGGACGGGCCAUAGACACAGGAGAAGUGGAGAUUGGAGCACAAGUUAUGCAGACGAUCCCCCCUGGUUUAUUCUGGCGCUUUCAGAUUACUAUCCAUCACCCCGUGUACCUGAAAUUUAACAUUUCGCUGGCAAAGGAUUCUCUGCUGGGAAUUUAUGGCCGAAGAAACAUUCCACCUACUCACACUCAGUUUGAUUUUGUAAAACUGAUGGAUGGAAAACAGUUAAUUAAACAGGAACCAAAAAACUCCGAGGAGCCUCAGCAAGCUCCCAGGAAUCUGAUUUUAACUUCACUGCAAGAGACAGGUUUCAUUGAGUAUAUGGAUCAAGGAGCUUGGCAUAUGGCAUUCUACAACGAUGGAAAGAAAGUGGAGCAAGUGUUUGUACUAACUACAGCAAUUGAAGUCCUGGAUGACUGCUCUACUAAUUGCAACGGGAACGGCGAAUGUAUCUCGGGGCACUGCCACUGCUUCCCGGGAUUCCUUGGUCCUGAUUGUGCAAAAGAUUCCUGUCCAGUGCUGUGCAGUGGAAAUGGAGAAUAUGAGAAAGGUCACUGUGUGUGUCGAAAUGGGUGGAAAGGAGCAGAGUGUGAUGUUCCAGAAGAACAGUGCAUUGAUCCAACCUGCUUUGGCCACGGCACUUGUAUCAUGGGCGUCUGCAUCUGUGUCCCUGGAUACAAAGGAGAGAUUUGUGAGGAAGAGGACUGCUUGGAUCCAAUGUGCUCUGGCCACGGCGUGUGCGUUCAAGGGGAAUGUCACUGCUCCGCGGGCUGGGGCGGGGUGAACUGUGAAACGUCGCUUCCCGUGUGCCAGGAGCAGUGCUCGGGGCAUGGGACGUUCCUCCUGGACACGGGACUCUGCAGCUGUGAACCGCAGUGGACGGGUUCAGACUGUUCAACAGAGCUGUGUACCCUGGACUGCGGCAGCCACGGUGUCUGUUCCAGAGGGAUAUGCCAGUGUGAAGAGGGCUGGGUGGGACCAACCUGUGAAGAACGAACCUGCCACUCUCACUGUGCUGAGCACGGCCAGUGCAAGGACGGGAAGUGUGAGUGCAGCCCUGGAUGGGAAGGGGACCACUGCACCAUUGAUGGGUGCCCAGGUCUCUGUUAUGGGAAUGGGAGGUGCACUCUUGAUCAGAACGGAUGGCACUGUGUUUGUCAAGUGGGCUGGAGUGGCUCAGGAUGUAACGUUGUCAUGGAAAUGGUGUGUGGAGAUAACCUGGACAACGAUGGAGAUGGCUUGACAGACUGCGUAGACCCCGACUGUUGUCAGCAAAGCAAUUGUUACGCAAGUCCUCUCUGCCAGGGUUCCCCUGAUCCCCUUGACCUUAUCCAGCACAGCCAACCGCCUUUCUCUCAGCAUCCUCCAAGGCUCUUCUAUGAUCGAAUCCGAUUCCUUAUUGGGAAGGAAAGCACUCAUGUAAUCCCAGGAGAUGUCUCAUUUGAGAGCAGACGGGCAUGUGUGAUUCGAGGCCAGGUGGUAGCAAUAGAUGGAACACCUUUGGUUGGAGUGAACGUCAGUUUUCUGCACCACAAUGAGUAUGGGUACACCAUCAGUCGACAAGAUGGAAGUUUUGACCUUGUGGCUGUUGGAGGCAUCUCUGUCACUCUGGUUUUUGACAGAUCUCCUUUCAUAUCUGAAAAAAGGACACUUUGGUUGCCCUGGAAUAGAUUUAUCAUCGUAGACAAAGUUGUAAUGCAAAGAACAGCAUCAGACACACCGUCUUGUGACAUCAGUGGUUUUAUCAGCCCAAAUCCAAUUGUACUCCCUUCACCCUUGACAGCGUUUGGCGGGUCCUGUCCCGAAAGAGGAACUGUUAUUCCAGAGCUACAGGUGGUCCAAGAGGAAAUCCCAAUUCCUUCGAGUUUUGUGAAGCUGAGUUAUCUCAGCAGUCGAACACCAGGGUACAAAACUUUGCUGCGCAUUAUUUUGACGCACACAACCAUUCCCUCUGGAAUGACAAAAGUCCAUCUGAUAGUUGCUGUUGAAGGACGUCUGCUUCAGAAAUGGUUUCCUGCUGCAGCCAAUUUGGUAUAUACAUUUGCCUGGAACAAGACAGAUAUAUAUGGACAGAAGGUUUCUGGUCUGGCUGAAGCUAUGGUGUCGGUGGGAUAUGAAUAUGAAACAUGUCCUGAUUUUAUUCUGUGGGAGAAGAGAACAGUAAUCCUUCAAGGCUUUGAAAUGGAUGCUUCAAAUCUGGGAGGCUGGUCUAUAAACAAACACCACGUAUUAAAUCCACAAAGUGGAAUUGUACAUAAAGGAAAUGGUGAAAACAUGUUCAUUUCCCAGCAGCCGCCAGUCAUCUCGACCGUGAUGGGCAAUGGGCACCAGAGAAGCGUCUCUUGCUCCAACUGCAAUGGUCUUGCGCUCAACAGCAAACUCUUUGCCCCUGUUGCUCUUGCUUCUGGGCCUGAUGGUAGCGUGUAUAUUGGUGACUUCAAUUUUGUGAGGCGGAUCUUUCCCUCUGGAAACUCAAUUGGCAUAUUAGAAUUAAGGAAUAGAGACACAAGACACAGUACAAGCCCUGCACAUAAAUAUUACUUGGCUGUUGAUCCAGUGUCAGAAUCCCUUUACUUGUCGGAUACCAACACAAGGAAAGUCUACAAAGCAAAAUCUCUCAUUGAAACAAAGGAUCUGGCUAAAAACGCAGACGUGGUGGCAGGAACAGGGGAUCAGUGCCUUCCCUUUGACCAGAGUCACUGUGGAGAUGGCGGGAAGGCCUCCGAGGCCUCUCUCAACAGCCCAAGAGGUAUCACUGUAGAUAAGCACGGUUUUAUUUACUUCGUUGACGGAACCAUGAUUCGGAAAAUUGAUGAGAACGGUGUGAUCACAACAAUAAUAGGUUCGAAUGGCCUCACAUCAACCCAGCCAUUGAGCUGUGACUCUGGAAUGGACAUCACUCAGGUGCGGUUAGAAUGGCCAACAGACCUCACGGUGAACCCUCUAGACAAUUCACUGUACGUCCUGGACAACAACAUCGUCCUGCAGAUCUCUGAGAACAGGCGUGUGCGGAUUAUUGCAGGGCGCCCCAUUCACUGCCAGGUGCCGGGCAUCGACCACUUCAUCGUCAGCAAGGUGGCCAUCCACUCAACCCUGGAGUCAGCCAGAGCCAUUGCCGUGUCUCACAGCGGCAUACUCUACAUUGCAGAGACAGAUGAAAGAAAGAUCAACCGUAUCCAACAGGUCACAACCAACGGUGAGAUCUCUGUAAUCGCUGGAGCCCCAUCAGACUGUGACUGCAAGAUUGACCCGAAUUGUGACUGUUUUUCAGGUGAUGGUGGAUAUGCCAAAGAUGCAAAGCUGAAAGCACCUUCUUCUCUAGCCGUCUCUCCUGAUGACACGCUGUACGUAGCAGACCUUGGCAACGUUCGCAUCCGUGCAGUCAGCCGAAACAAGGCUCACCUCAGCGACACGAAUAUGUAUGAGAUCGCGUCGCCAGCCGACCAAGAACUGUAUCAGUUCACCGUCAACGGCACCCACCUGCACACGCUGAACCUCAUAACGAGGGACUACAUUUACAAUUUCACCUACAGCGGGGACGGGGACAUUGGCACCAUCACCAGCAGCAACGGGAAUUCGGUUCACAUCCGCAGGGACACGAGCGGGCUGCCCCUGUGGGUCGUGGUGCCGGGGGGCCAGGUGUACUGGCUGACAAUAAGCAGCAAUGGAGUUCUGAAAAGAGUUUAUGCCCAAGGCUACAACCUGGCUCUGAUGACAUAUCCUGGAAACACGGGGCUUUUAGCAACCAAAAGCGAUGAAAAUGGAUGGACGACUGUGUAUGAGUACGACUCUGAUGGCCAUCUGACCAAUGCAACCUUCCCAACUGGGGAAGUCAGCAGUUUCCACAGCGAUGUUGAAAAAUUGACACGAGUGGAACUUGAUACUUCAAACAGAGAGAAUGUGAUCACAGCCACAAACUUCUCAGCUACCUCUACAAUAUAUACUUUAAAACAAG